CAGUGGGUUUGUCUCAACAUCAAGAUUUCACUUAUUUGCUAUUUGGACCCACAUUAAUUCUGUCGUCUUCAAAGUCUCAAACAGUUUCCUCACUCACUAUGGAGAAAUGUUCCCAGAGAAAUUGAAAAAAACCACCCUCAGCCUUCUUGCUCCCAGACCACCACAAAAACAAUUUCAUAAUCGAACGUCUCCUCUGUAGAAAAAAAAAAACCUUUUUGCUUCAGCUUGUUUUUCUCGAAACAGUAUAAGUAGAGGUGGAAACCCUUUCCUCUAAUUGUGGCUUAGAAGACAGGAGAUGCGGUUCUACAAUAAGCAGAGGGGGAGAGAAAAAAAAGUGAAAAAGUGUUGCUGAUCACCGUGUUUGAAGCAGUCGAGCAGCGGACAUCAAACACACAGUCAUUCAACAGCCAUGGUCUCAUUCACGGUUUUAGGUCCCGUUCUACUGAUGUGGUCCUUCCAUUUUCAGACAAGCUGGUCGAACUUGACCACCGAUUCCACAACUGAAACGACCGAAGAUGAUUACACGCCUGAUUAUGAUAAAUAUGAAAUAGUGUGUGGGAAAAGCUCCAAUCGGAACUUUCGAUCAUGGUUUCUGCCAACAAUUUAUAGCAUCAUUUGCUUCCUGGCUCUCCUAGGAAACUUCCUGGUCAUCCUGACCUACGUGCAUUUCAAGCGGAUUAAGACGAUGACAGAUACUUUCCUCCUGAAUCUGGCCGUAGCCGACCUGCUCUUUGCGAUAUCGCUGCCCUUCUGGGCUGCCAGCGUCAUGACCAAAUGGCCACUCGGUCUGUUUUUGUGCAAGUCGAUGUACGCCAUCUAUAAGAUCACCUUUUUCAGUGGCAUGUUCCUGCUCACUUGCAUCAGCGUGGACAGGUACUUCUCCAUCACCAAGGCUGUCUCUGCUCACCGCUGCCGUUCCAACGCUGUUUACUAUGGACGCAUAUCCUCCCUGGUCACUUGGGUGUUUGCAGUGCUCUUCUCCUUACCUGAGAUUAUCUACUCCAAUGUCAACUCCAACAACACCUGCGUGGCCUACAGUGGUCACGAAGAUCUCCGCAUCCAAAUGCUGGUCAGUCAGAUGGUGCUGGGAUUUGUCCUGCCGGGGAUCGUGAUGGUCUUCUGCUACAGCUGCAUCAUUAAGACCCUCGUGCAAGCCAGGAACUUUGAGAGGAACAAAGCCCUAAAGGUGAUCUUCGCCGUGGUGGCUGUGUUUGUUGCCAGCCAGCUGCCGUAUAAUGUGGUGAUGGGGCUGAGCACGCACAACAAUACCGCGUGCGAUGUCGAUAACAACCUCCUCUAUGCCAUGGACAUAAGCCAAGGCAUUGCUUUCCUGCGCUGCUGUGUGAACCCCUUCCUCUACGCUUUCAUUGGAGUGAAGUUUCGCAACGAUCUGCUUAAACUGAUGAAAUUUCUGGGCUUUUCCAGUCCCAGCCACGUCAUAUACUCGGGGACGAGGAAAUCCUCAGCCGGGCUCGACACUGACACCACUUCGUUUUCCCCAUGAACCAGUGACUGUACCUGUUUUUUUAUAUUUGCAUUAUUGUUUCUAUAUUUGCUAUUAUGGUUACUCAUUUAUUUCUUUUUUCCUAUUGUUUACUUUAUUUUUAUUCACAUUACUUUAAAUAUAUAUUAUAGCAUAGCA